AUGGAGACGAGCCCCAUCCCGGUGCUGACGGUCCAAACGGCCCCCUUUGAGGACCAGCGGCCUGGUACCAACGGGCUGCGGAGGAAGACAGCGGUGUUCGAGGGGAAGAAGAACUACCUGCAGAACUACAUCCAGAGCGUGUUGUCCUCCAUCGACCUGCGGGACCGACAGGGCUGCACCAUGGUGGUGGGGAGCGACGGCCGCUACUUCAGCCGAGCUGCCACCGAGGUGAUAGUGCAGAUGGCAGCUGCCAAUGGGAUUGGUCGUCUGGUAAUCGGCCACAAUGGCCUCCUGUCCACCCCUGCUGUUUCCUGCAUCAUCAGGAAGAUCAAGGCCAUCGGUGGGAUCAUCCUCACAGCUAGUCACAACCCCGGAGGCCCCGGUGGAGACUUUGGAAUUAAGUUCAAUGUGGCAAAUGGAGGCCCAUCUCCGGACACAGUGAUGGAGAGGAUCCACCAGGUGAGCCGGACGCUCGAGGAGUAUGCAAUCUGCCCCGAUCUGCGCAUUGACCUGUCCAGGCUGGGAAGGCAAGAAUUUGACCUGGAGAACAAGUUCAAACCUUUCAGAGUGGAGAUCGUAGACUCUGUUGAGGUGUAUCUACAACUGCUGCGAAACAUCUUCGACUUCAAUGCCAUUAAAAGUCUCCUCACAGGCCAGGAUCAAGUCAAGAUACACAUAGAUGCCAUGAACGGAGUGAUGGGCCCCUAUGUACGUAGGAUCCUGUGUGAUGAGUUGGGAGCUCCUGCUAACUCUGCUGUCAACUGUGUCCCUCUGGAGGACUUUGGUGGCCGACCUCCAGAGCCUAACCUGACCUACGCCACCUCUUUGGUAGAUGCCAUGAAAGGAGGUGACUUUGGCUUUGGAGCUGCAUUUGAUGCAGAUGGGGACCGGUACAUGAUCCUGGGGGAAAAUGGCUUCUUUGUGAACCCGUCAGACUCAGUGGCCAUCAUGGCUGCCAACCUCUCCACCAUCCCCUACUUCAGACAGCUAGGAGUCAAGGGCUUUGCAAGGAGUAUGGCGACCAGCACCGCCCUUGACAGGGUAGCCAAAGCCAUGAAACUGGCGCUGUAUGAGACUCCCACAGGCUGGAGGUACUUUGGGAACCUGAUGGAUUCUGGGCGUUGUUCCCUCUGCGGGGAGGAGAGCUUUGGGACAGGUUCAGACCACAUUCGAGAGAAAGAUGGCUUGUGGUCGGUGUUGAUGUGGUUGUCCAUUAUGGCCGCGAGGAAACAGGGUGUGGAGCAGAUUGUCCGAGAACACUGGGCCAAGUUUGGACGUAACUACUUCUGCAGGUUUGACUAUGAGGGCCUGGACCCACGUGCAGCUUUUUACCUGAUGAGGGAUCUGGAGACUGUAAUCUCCGACAAGGCAUUCACCAACCAGAAGUUUGCCGUAGGAGACCACAUAUACAGCGUGGAGAGGACCGACAACUUUGAGUACAUCGAUCCUGUGGAUGGAACAGUGGCUCGAAACCAGGGUUUAAGGAUCAUCUUCACUGAUGCGGCCCGCCUGGUGUUUCGGAUGAGCGGGAGUGGAGGAGGAAUGGGUGCCACCAUCCGCAUUUAUGCCGAGAACUUCGAAAGAGACCCUGAGAGACAAAACAGGGAGACGCAGGUGGUGCUGGGCCCUCUCAUUGCCAUUGCCCUGAAGAUCUCCAACAUGCACGAGAGGACAGGACGCCGCGGCCCUAAUGUCAUCACAUGAGCAACCAGGAAAACACAUGCAUGCACACACAUGCAUCUACCUGCUCACACAGAGAAACAUACCCUCAAAAUACUCUUUCCUGUGCUUAUCUGCCUUUUUUUUUUUAAUCCCUUCUUUCUAAUUUCGUUCUCAUUUUUCUUUAACUGAUGACUAAACUGAGGGUGCUUUAUCUUUCAAAGAGAAAGUUAAUGUUUUACCCUGUUCUCGCAAUUGUUUAUUGAUAACUAUCAUCCAUCAGCUAUGGAAAACUUCCAAUAUUCAGUGUCUAAACCAGGGAGGCUAUUUAAUUAUUGCCAUGGAUAAAUAAUGAAAAAUAUGUAAACAGCAAACAUAUUAUGAAUGUGCAGACUGACCGUUAAUUUUUGUGGCUUGCUUUUAUGGAGACUUAUUGACUAAGAGAGCUUAAGAGAGUCAUUUUUUAAUUCACCAUGCUGUUUUUCUAUAACAGUUCAGUGUUCACUUUUCAUAUUGCUUGUACCUGUCUUCUCAUAUAUGUCACAGUGGUUUUUUUUUCCAGCCAUUUCAUGCAGAAGUAAUCCGACUGUUUACCAAAUGUAAAAUAAAACAGGCAUUGCAUCACGACUAAUAUAUCAGUGAAUUUAAUUGAAAUUUGAUAUAAAAAUAAUGUUAAUGCAUAUCUCAACUCGUGUUUACUACCUAAGGACAGUACAAUUGAGCUUUUUCUUUAAUUUGUCGGUUUAGGCCUUUGGGAAUGCAUAUAACCAUAUUUGAAUAUAUUAUUUCUUUUUUUUAAUCCAAAUAAACUUUUUUUGUGUGUA